CUGGAGUCGCACAACACGGCAUGGCAACGACAAGCGGUCUUAAUGAUUAUGACUACCAAAAUCUGUCAAGUCUCUCCCUAAAUAUGAAGCAACUUAACCAAGUUGCGACUAUCAACAAAGUACCAAUUCCUUCUGAGAUUCUGGAGCACUUAAACAACAUUAAAUGCCAUUACAUGAUGGGUUUAUUUCCCGAAAUUGGCCGGGCAUGGCUCACUAUUGAUUCAGACAUUUUCAUUUGGGCAUACGAAAACGACCGAGAUGUUGCAUAUUUUGAUGGCCUUAAUCACCUUAUCGUUAGCGUAGGCCUAGUCACACCAAAACCUAAUGUGUUUGUGGCCGAUGUUAAAUAUCUUCUUAUUCUCACCACACCCAUUGAGAUCGUCAUCUUGGGAGUGAUGUUUGGAGACUCUGCUAAAACAGUUUGCUCACCAAAUAGAUCGGUACGUGGUGUGAAACCAUUUGAGGAACUUCAUAUCAGUCGACCAAUCUUUGUCUUGAAUACUGAUAAUGUAUCGAUCAUGGCAAUUGAGGGCACCGCUGAUGGUAGAAUUUUUCUUGGUGGACGUGAUGGCAGUCUUUUUGAGUUACAAUACCAAGCGGAAUCCAAUUGGUUUGGACGUCGAUGCAAGAAGGUCAACCACUCACAAAGCCUAGUAUCGUACAUGGUCCCAGGAUUUCUUAAAAUAUUUUCUGAAAAUUAUGCCGUGGCACAUAUCGCUAUAGAUAAUAGCCGACAGAUGUUGUACGUGCUAUUUGAAAAAGGAGCAAUCGAAGCAUGGGAACUGGAAUACAAUGAUAAUAUUCGACGAGUAGGAAGAGUAACACAUCGUGAAAUUAUUCAAGCAGCAGUGAACAUGGUAAAGACUGUAGACCCAACAAUUUUUAAAAAUAUCACAGUAAUAUGCCCACUGAACCUUGAUGACAGUCCACACUUACACUUGAUAGCUGUAACCCAGUCUGGUGUAAGAUUUUAUUUUUCCACAACUACUAUCUUUACUACUAAGAGCACCUUGGAAUCUAUAAAGCCGCAAGGACUGUAUCUUUUGCACAUCCGCCUGCCGCCAGGAUACACUCCAAACACUCAAGUGGGGAAACCACGACAGGUACAUUCGGCUUUUUACCACCAUGGUUCUCUACUCAUGGUGGCAACGUCCCAGCAAGAUCAGGAUUUGCUAUGGUCUCUAAGCUCUGAACCCUUUCCUCAUCGGCCUUACCUUACUGAAUCUUCAACGGUAAUGCAACUAGAUGGACAAGUGUGUGAUUUGGCUCAGGUUAAGGACAAAGAUUCUCACAAUCUCACCAUCUCACCUAUGCGGGCAACUUAUCAACCUACUAAGAUUGUUCUGCUCACAAAUCAGGGUGCACAUAUUGUAGCUUUACUUAAACCGAUGGAUCUGUUGCAGCAAUUAUUGACAGCCUGUCGAGGUCCUCAUCAUGAGGCUGUAAAAGCUUACUUUCAGUCUCAGACAGAGGCCGAAGCUUGUGCCACAAGCCUCAUGUUGGCGUGUACAGAAGCAUCACGUAAUUCAGAGAUGGCCAUUUGGGCUACACAGGCAUUUUUUUUAUAUGGUGGAGAAGCACAGUAUCGGCAAGCUGGACAAUACAACACAAAUAACACUUUUGCUGAACAACAAGGAUCUCAGGUAAUCAACACAAUUUUUACUUCACGUCCAGCAUCUGCCAUUCAGCAAAGUCUUCUGCAGCAAACACAGUUGCCUUCCACUUCAUUGCAAAAUCUUAAUACCCAAUCAAGCUUCACAAUAUCCCAAGCCGUAGACAUGUGCAGCAAUUUUCAGUAUUCAGACAAACAUACGGGACUGUACCUACAUGUAUCUCGCUUACUUUCUCCUAUAUGGAAGCGUCGGUGUCUCUUACAGAAUGCGUCUUUUACGAGUUCUAUUACACUUCAAGACUGUGGGCAGAUCCUAAGUGAUCUUUAUGCUAUUAAAGCUUUUUUGGCUGCGAAUUCAAAUGCCAGUACUGUAUGUACUCAAAGUCAGAGCAUUGCGCAAUCCUCAACAGGAUUUUAUCAAUAUCUUCCAGCAAAUAAUUUGAGAAGGCCUAACAAUAUGGCAGAAGAUGCAAAGCUGGAAGAAAAAAAAUCUCUGGAUGCUUUAACCAGGUUCAUACGGCAUACGUGUGAGGUCGUGGCUUUGUGGAAACUAAUAUGUGAGCACCAAUUUCAUAUACUUAUUGGUGGCCUUUCACGUGAACAACAGAAUAUUUUAGCUGCUUGUACCUUUCGAGAUUUAAUACUUUGUCGUCCAGAUACAUGUUCACAACUCAUUAUUGUGCUCAUUAAUUUUUACCUCAAUGAUAAUGCGAGUGUGGGUUCCAUCUCAGCUAAAUUGCGAGAUGUAUGUCCUACACUAUAUAGCCAUGAAGAGGCAGUAUCACAUAAGGCAACCGAGAUUUUACUCAUGUCUAAAACAUGUAUCGAUAACGAAGAGAAGAAUGAAAAGCUGAUAACUGCAUUGAAACUUUGCAAGGGUGCAGCUCCAAAUUUGCCACUAAAUAGCAUAUGUCAACAAUUCACUGCGGCCAAUUUUUAUCAAGGAGUAAUUGAGCUAUGUGCCGUGUGUGCUUCAAAAAUUGAUAUAAAUGGGGCUGCUUUGCAUUUCUACAAAAACGGAGAAUCAAAGGAGGACAGAGAAGGUUUUAUGGCAUAUUCGGCACGCAAUGAAUGCUACAAGGAAAUAAAGCUGAUGCUAGAGCAAGUAUAUCAGCAACUUUGCAAUAUGGAGAUCAAUGGAAAUACUGAACACCACCACAAUACUGAAAUUGCAGAUGUCAAUUCCCAAAUAUUUAAAAUUGUUGCUCUUGCGAUUCAAACUCCUGAUAUACUUCUUCACAUAGCCGUGUAUGAGUGGCUUUUGUCACACCGCUUGCUGGGUGAACUUUUGGGAGUCAGUGAAUCCUCAUUAGGUUUGUUCCUCAGCAACUCCUUGUCUAAGUAUCCAGAUAAUCAACAUCUGGCAGACCUACUGUGGAAAUAUCAUGAGCGCAAUGGACAUCAUUCGUCAGCAGCAAAAAUUCUUGACAAUUUAGCCUCAAUGAAUGCCGAAAAUAUUACACUGGAACGUCGAAUUGAAUAUUUAUCUAAAGCAGUGCUAUGCAUGAGAAGUGAAACUAUUGGAUACUCUGUACAAAAUGGUGUGUUAUGGAAGGCACUGGAGGAUAAAUUGGAAUUUGCUCAAGUUCAAAAGGUUAUUCGUGAUACAAUAUCUAGCGUGGGAGAAAAUGACUUCAACACUGAAAAUGCGGUGAAACUUCUCAACUCCCACCUAUACAAUAUGACUCAACUAUACAUUGAAUUUGCUGAACCUUUCAAUCUUUGGGAGUGCAAACUAAAAAUUCUGAGUGUGUCUCACCACAACGAUGCUGUUCUUAUUGAAGCUGUAUGGACUCAUAUCUUCGACGAAGAAUUAAAUGCUAGCCCAUUAAUAAGUGCUGAUGAAAGGAUGAGGCGCCUUUUGACAAAAUUUCAAUGCCUCGCGCGAGAAUAUAGUCAUACAGGAAAUUGCUUUCCUCUAUCUUUUCUCGUGUAUGAACUAGAGGUACGCGCCUGUAAGCUCCAUUUACAAUCUUCACCAGUGCCAGAAGCUUUGAUUGCAAUGAAAAUAGACACUGAGUCUCUUUUGGAUAUCUACACACGCAUGGUGGCAAUGAAUGAUCGUAUUUGGCUCACAGAACACAACGAAUGGUACCUUGUAGACGCCGCUGCCCAACUAGUAGGUACUUUUAUUGAUACUUGCAAAGAAACAUCAAUGUCUACAUUUUUUUCAUUUUUCAAUGUCUACAUUUUUCAUCCAUAUGGAGGAAAGAAAAGUGGAAUUAAAGAGGCGCAGUUCUCACCUUUAGCUGAUAGUGAACGUAAAGAUUCGUUGAGUAUAAAUGUGGAAUUUGUCAAAUUCCAUCUUACACGUUCCCGUACAGUGAAUUAUGAGUCAUUGACAAACAAAAAAUCUGAUCAAAAGGCGAUAAUUAGAUUUUCAACAAUUGUAGAUAUUGGAAGUGCAUAAUUCAAGUAUGAUAUGAAACGACUUACAGAAAUUCUUGCAUUCCCUAAGGCUUGGUACAGACACAGUAUAGUUAGGCGACUGUUUUUGGGUGAUUUGAGUGUUCACCAAACUAGUACUGGUGAUUUGGAUUUCACACCGUCUGAUGAGGGUAAGGGAUAUACAAAAAGUGUUGGUGGUUCGUCUUCAGAGAGAAGUCCUCUGCUCAAGGAAAAAUUGCGUUUAAAUUUUGAUGGUGAGGCAUCCAAGUCGUCUGGGGUAAAAUUGAAAGAUAUGGAAAAAUCUUCUAGCUUGGAUUCCAACACAUCUCCGUCAGAACCCAAUCAAGUAACAGCAUGGGAAACUCUUGUACUAUUUGCGGUGAAUUUUAAGAAGCUAAAUGUCCAGAUGAAUAUGGGCAAUGUGAUGGGAAAUGUGGUUUGGCUCACGAAAGCCUUUCAAAGUGAUGGUCGACUAAGUAUUGGAAGUACUGGGCAUAAAAAUAUAUACAUGGGCAUUGGCCUAGGUAGUUCCACAUUAGACGCCAAGGGUGGUAUUGUGGGUGGAACAAUUGAACUAAGAAAAAUUGAUACACAUAUGCGAGUUCAGGAAGAGCCAGGAUGUCAACCACAUCACAUUAUGAGUGUCAAACUAUUGGCUCUAGAACUAAGAUUAGAUUAUAUGGGAACGAGUGUUUUGAUGACAAGGAUAAGCUCUCUUAACGCUGCAAUGGAAGAUAAAUGGGAAAAUUCAAAAGAAUGUUCAUCCGAUGGAAGACUUAAGAAACCAUCUGUAAUUCAUGGAGAUUUAAGCUGGGAUCAGUUGCAGGUAAUUUAUGAAAAAAUAUGUGAAAUAUUUAUUUGAUUUUCAUCUCUCAUUUUACUAUGUUACAGAUGCAAUGAACUAAAUUUAUCCACUUGAAUUGCCUUUAGUCAGAUGGAUUUUUUUUAAUUAACUGAUUAACUGAUUUUAAUCUCAUUAAAAGUUGAAUAAAACUUCACGAACAAUGCCUUCAAUAAUUUUUUCUUUAUAAUUUUCAUAUAUAGUGUAACACGGUGUAUAUUGGAUCUGACCCUCUUAAUCAAUUUUGAUGAUUAUUUAGGUAUAAUUAUAGAGGCCAUUUAUAUCUAUAUUUCGUCCCAAUAUCAUUUUUGCUCAGAUUAUGCCAUCUGCCUUUUUCGUCGUUGUCGUUUUAGUGUAAAUUUUUUUUUCAUAAUAACGUUGCAUAAUUAAAAAAAAAGAAAGCCCACAGACAGUGAUAUGACCGCUUUUACUCGACCACGUUCUUAAAAAUAACAUUUAAAAGAAAGUUCUCACAAAAUUCAAUCAUUGUUUGAUUAGUUAUAGUUCAUUACAUGAACACAAAAGUGGCUGUGAUCAAAAAACGUAUUCCACUAAAACAAAUAAACUAAAUUAUGUACGCUACAGAACAAUCAAUAAAGUCAAGUUAUAGACAAAAAUUACAGAGGAGAUUCUGGUCUCAAUUCACUCACAUAUCAUCUUUUUGGCAGUUGCUCGAAAUCCCAGAUAUUUUGCCAAAAAAAAAAUCAAAAUUACUGAAUAACAUCUCUCAACAUAAGUUCCAUAUUAAAUUAGCA